UAAACUCACAAAUCGAAUUUUAAUAAUUCAAAUAACAACUUUUAUUGCUGAUUAACAAAUCGCUACAACAGGCUUACAAUUGAUCACUUCAUUAUAUGGUGUUUAAUGUGAAUAGACCCUGAUUAUAUUUUGAAUGUACUUCAUGAUAUUAUAAUAAUAUCUAUUUGAGAGCGCUUGCGUAAGUGUUAUGCUGUAAUUGAUCGAGUUGGUGGAUUAAGAUUACUGGACAGUGGGGAUUAUCGGAUUAUCAGUACCAUUAAGUAAUUUUAGUGAUAUUAAUAUAGUGAUUCAGUGGCAUAUUUACGUUGUCAAGAUUAUCUUUAUUAAGCUUCGUUUCCAAGGAGCUAUCGGUUUUUCGUUACUUAGGAAUUGUUCUUAAGCUUUGAUUCUUCGAAUACUUAGUACAAAAAUAUCAAUACAUAGGCAUUAUUUAUACAAAGUUGUCCUUGUGUCCAAAGUGUACUGUGACGUUAUUUCAAAAUUUAUAACUUGUGACAUAGGGAUAUAUAUCCAACUGUGACGUCAAGUAAUUGUUUUCUUUGUAGGUGGUAAUAAAUAAUUCAGCAAUAUGUCCGAGUCACCAAAAGAGAAUACCAAACGAGCCAACAAAAUCUACAGAGCACCACCAACACCACCACCAAGCGAUCUAUUCGAAAAGGAAAAAAGCUUCAUCCUAGACUGUAAUGCUGUUAGUUCCAUAUCGAACGAUUAUUCUAAAAUAAAUCCAAAGUUAGGACCAGUUAUAACACCAUAUAAUUCACAAAAAGACAAUCAUGUUAAAAAUUAUUUUAAUUUUUCUGGAGUUGAUAGAACAUUGAAGAAGACCGGCCAAUAUAAAACGGGAGAAUCUAUAAAUGGUCAUGUUUUGGAUUAUUUUCACGAGAAAGGAGCUGGUUACAGAUAUUUAUCUAGAAGAAAUUGUAACGGAGCUGGUCGAUCUCGUGAAUCAAUAGAUGGUCACUCUCAAUUUAUGCAAGAUGUUAAACCAGUUGUAGGUUAUAAUGGCCAUUUUGGAUACAGACGUAAUACACCCUGGUUACGACAGAGUCCUUCACCAUUUGGUACCAGCUCCAGCUCACCAACACAUUAAAUUUCAUUGUGUCUUUUGUGAAUAGCAUGACUGUGAUAACUUUGAAACCAGAAAAUAAUUCGUUUCAAUAUUGACGUUCUUGAUUUUAGUUCUUUAGUCUUGUGAUUAUGUUGGUUUUUCUUUCUCGAAUAGCUUUGGAUUUAUAAGUUGUUAUUUUGUGAAAAAUAUGGACUCUAAAUGAAUUAUCUUGCUGCAAAUAGUUUUUGCUGACUCUUUAUUAUGGUGUUCUGUUUUGGUGAUGAAUGAUUAGUUUUUUAUUGUAUUCUUCUAUUUAUUGUUUACAUAUUUUCAUUGUAUUUUGGAAUUUUUAAUGAAAACGUCUUGUCUUCAUAUCAUUCUAAGCACUUAUUGUAAAUUACGGUAAUGUUCCUUUUAAAUAAUGUAUUAAAGCAUUAUUUCAUUAAUUAUUUUGAUAUUACUCAAAUUCCCUAACACUGUGACAUUAUGAACGUUUCGUUCUUUCUUUUAUUUUUAAUAUAGCCACUUCAGCUAGUGUCUAAAGACGGUACACUUUUAAUCAAAUUCUUUCACUCUAUAAUAAACACCCAGCGCUGGAGAGGGCAGAAAUUUGAUUGGUUAAGGCAUAGGUCAUCAGGUUAGGUCAAAAUGUUAUUGAAACGAAUGUUCACGAGGCCCUUCUGUAGACCCUAACUAAAGUGGCUAUAUUAAAACUUAAAGUUAAUAAACACUGAACGAAAGUAAAAUAAAAGCUUCCCUUU